AUGCCGGCCACAUUUGAUGUCGAGAAAGUUUUAACGAACAUCAGCGAGCAAGACAAGAUCGCUCUUUUAUCCGGAAUUGAUUUCUGGCACACACAUCCCAUCCCCGAAUUCAACGUCCCCUCGAUUCGCGCCACCGACGGUCCCAAUGGUAUUCGGGGCACGAAAUUCUUCGCCGGAAUCCCAGCCGCAUGUUUACCCUGUGGCACAGCUUUGGGCGCCACCUGGGAUCGAGAUCUGAUUUAUCAAGCGGGGAGAUUGUUGGGUGACGAGUGUAUUGCGAAAGGAGCGCACUGCUGGCUGGGCCCUACAAUCAACAUGCCACGGUCUCCGCUCGGUGGCCGCGGCUUUGAGUCGUUUGCUGAAGACCCACAUCUCUCGGGCAUUCUGGGCAAAUCAAUCAUCCUCGGAGCCGAAAGCAAAGGAAUCAUUUCCACUGUAAAACAUUUCGUGGGCAACGACCAGGAGCAUGAACGUCGAGCGGUGGAUGUGCUCGUCACACAGCGAGCUUUGCGUGAGAUCUACCUGCGACCCUUCCAGAUCGUCGCGAGAGAUGCGAAGCCGAGCGCGCUCAUGACCUCUUAUAACAAAAUCAAUGGGAAACAUGUGGUAGAAGAUGCUCGCAUGCUCAAUUUGAUCCGCGAAGAAUGGAAAUGGAAUCCGCUGGUUAUGAGCGACUGGUACGGUACCUAUACGACCAUUGACUCAAUGAACGCGGGCCUUGACCUGGAAAUGCCGGGGCCUUCCAGAUAUCGAGGAAAGUACAUCGAGUCCGCCGUACAGGCUCGACUGAUCAAGCAAUCGACCAUCGAUGCACGAGCUCGAAAGGUGUUGGAAUUCGUGAGAAAAGCAAGCCAGGUCGAAGUGUCAGAAGUGGAACGAGGACGGGAUUCCCAAACGGAUAGAGCGCUGAACCGAAAAAUUUGCGCAAACAGCAUCGUACUCCUCAAGAACGAAGACAUCUUACCCCUUCCAAAGGGCAUCAAGAAGCUCGCCCUGAUAGGAUCUCACAUGAAGACUCCCGCAAUAUCGGGGGGUGGCAGUGCGUCGCUUGAGCCGUAUUACUCUGUCUCGUUAUACGAAGCCUGCAGAGAAGCAAAUCCUAACGCAGACCUGCUUUAUGAAGUAGGAUCUUACGCUCACAAGAUGCUCCCCGUGAUAGACCGUCUCCUGACAAAUGCUGUGAUUCAUUUCUACAACGAGCCGACAGGCAAAAAAAGACGUUUGAUCAGCACCGAGCCUAUAUCGACGACAGCCUUUCAAUUCAUGGACUAUAAUGCUCCCGGUCUCAACCGAGAGCUGUUCUGGGCUACAUUGAGUGGCCAAUUCAUGCCAGACGCAUCCGGACUUUGGGACUUUGGCCUGAGUGUUUUUGGCACAGCGAAUCUCUAUAUCGAUGACGAGCUCGUGAUAAACAAUACAACGAACCAGACGCGCGGAACAGCCUUUUUCGGCAAAGGCACCAUUGAAGAGCUGGGAUCGAAGGAAUUAGUUGCUGGUACCACAUACAAAAUUCGGAUUGAGUUCGGUUCUGCCAACACUACCACAAUGAAAUCAGUGGGAAUGGUGAAUUUCGGCGGCGGCGCCGCAAAUCUGGGGGCCUGCUUACGGAUGGACCAGGAUAAAAUGAUCGAGAAUGCAGUGAAAAUCGCCACAGAGGCCGACUACGCUAUUAUUUGUACUGGACUGAACAAGGACUGGGAGUCUGAAGGAUUCGAUCGCACGCAUAUGGAUCUGCCACCGGGAGUUGAUCGGUUGAUCUCGAAGGUGUUGAAAGUCGCCGCAGACAAGACCGUUAUCGUCAAUCAGUCUGGUACGCCAGUCACCUUGCCGUGGGCCGAUCAGGCUCGGUGCAUCGUGCAGGCCUGGUAUGGAGGUAAUGAGACGGGUCAUGGAAUUGCCGAUGUUCUCUUCGGAGAUGUCAAUCCAUGCGCAAAGCUGCCCUUGUCCUGGCCAGUCGAUGUGAGACACAAUCCGGCCUAUCUCAACUACGCCAGUGUUGGUGGCCGAGUGUUGUAUGGCGAGGAUAUCUAUGGGGGCUAUCGAUUUUACGAGAAGACUGGACGAAAAGUCCUCUUUCCAUUUGGCCAUGGCCUGUCAUACACGACCUUCGAAGUCUCAUCGACUGUUACCGUCGCCCCUCAGAUCUUCAACAUGGACUGUCCUGCGGUCGCCACCGUACAAAUAAAAAAUACAGGCAAAAUGGCGGGCGCCGAAGUUCUCCAGCUGUACAUCUCCGCCCCGGAAUCCCCAACCCCACGCCCAAACAAGGAAUUGCAUGGUUUCGAAAAGGUAUUCCUUCAACCCGGGGAAGAAAAAACGGUUGACAUCCAACUCGACCGAUAUGCGACAAGCUUCUGGGACGAGAUUGAGGACAUGUGGAAGAGCGAGCAAGGGACUCUAGAGACAUGGGGGGCAAGAAUUCUAGACGCAGUAGAACGUCAAGAGCGACUUCUGUCAGAGACCCUGUCUUCGAACCAGGGGUCUACUCUCUUUUCACAACAGGCGUCGCCAUCACCAGUGGACGAGAUAGAUCCCGAGUCGAUUUCGCGCAAUGAUGCACCCAAAACGCCUAUUACCGGGUCGGAUAUGAUUCUCAGUUGGCCCAUUUUUCCGAAAGAGAAGCCCUUUUCGACUUUCCCGAUGGCAGCGUAUUCCGAGAAGCCAGAUCGCUUUCAGACGGCUCUACCUAGCUUAGAUCCUCAACGACUCCUCGAAUUGAGAGAAAUAUUUAUGACCAAGAUCUGGACCAAGAAUCCGAUCGUUGACCCUGGCCAGCUAGACUUCCAUAUCGCUCGGGUGCUAGAAAAUGGCUUUGAGUGGUCCGCGUCGUCGUGCUUGGUUUUACUUAUCUUUGCGCUUGCGGCCAUCUGGGGGAAUUAUCCAGAUGACGAAACCCGGGAGGUCUCUUACAAUGAAAGAUCAUUCAGUCCACCGGUCACUUACAUGACGAUGUCGGUUCCGGAGCACCGAAUGAAGGAAUCAUUAACAUUCCUCUCCAUGGCACGUAAGCGCAUUUCCACUGCGUAUCUUGAUGAUACCCUACUCGGAGUGCAGUGUCUCUGUUUAUUCGGAAUUUGGUACCAAUAUAACAUCGAACCGGUGCCCGGUUGGAAAAUGUUCCGGACAGCAUCCAUGCUGUGGCAAACGUAUCGUUUGAAGCACCGCGAGGGAAAGACAGUGAGAAGCGCACAAGAAGAGAGUCUGGAGCAGCGACUUUACUGGACAUGCUUGAAAUCUGAAUGUGAGGUUCGAUAUGAACUGACAGAUCUUCCACCCUGUGACCUAAGCCUCUCCGACUUUCCUUAUUCCCUCCCCAGCUUUCCCACGAGACAAUUAUCCAACGACAACUCUGGUUGGACGUUUUCCAGCCCCUCGUCCACAGACCUCGAAGCAGCAUCUUCCUACUACUAUCUGGCCGAGAUCUUCUUGCGCAGGCUUCUCAACCGAGCCCGCAAUGCAGUCCGCGUGCUUUCUCCAGACAUCGACCUGGCGACCAUCAAGAAUCUGGCAGAAACUCUGGCUCAGCUGGAAGGCCAACUUCAACAGUGGGUAGAUUGCCUCCCACAUACACUCCGGUUCAAUAUGCCUCUCGAAUCCGCCGUGAGACCAAAGGAGGAUGAGCUCAUGAAGCUAAGCCGUGAGAGAUACGUCGAGGUGCGUGAAUUGCUUUGUCGCGCAUAUCUAUACCUCUGCAUCCAUGUACCACUUGAACCGGGCAUGGCGACGUUGUAUGGGGUUAAAGCGAGCGAGGCGCUUCUUUUGGCAGUUUAUCGCAUUCAGAAUGAAGUGCCAUUUUUCCGGCAUCCGGGGUCUUGGGGAGCAUGUAGAGUCCGGUUCAACCAUGCGCUUUGUCUGAUUGCGGGAUUUCGCGCAAAGUUGACGCAGCGCCCCUCGACUGAAUAUGUGAACAUUCCUCCCGACUGGGCGGAAUGUGUACGGGUGGUGAUUGAACGUUUGAAGAUAUGGGGCGAGGAAGGCGGCGGGAUUAAGGAGUUAAGUGUGUUGCUGGAGUGGCUGAUGCAUGUCAGUUUGGAAUUGUAG